AUGGUGAUUACAGGAGCUGCGCUUGUGAUCAUAAAAAAAUGGAUAGCAAGCUCCUUCAUAGAAGGAGAUAUCCAUUUGGAGAAGUUAUUAACAAGAGAUACCGCAAACAAACACGUAAUUGUGGUAACGGUAGCUGUGACAAUAAAGAGACUGAUGGGGUUAUCCUUCAGGAAAAAUAUACUAGGAGGAGCUACAAUCCCAGCCAGGAUAACCUGGGAAGCAAGUUCAUUCUUCAAAGGAAAAGUCCUUUCGGAGAAGCAAUUACCAGGAUAUACCACAAACGAACACGAGCUAAACAUUGGAGAUCCAGCAAGAAACAUCUUACAGAUGAUCUUUCAAAAUGCAUCAAGGAACCCCUCAAAGUCAUCACAUAUGAUCAAAAGGGUCCUAAAGGUGAAGAACUCAGAAGACGUUCUGGAAAGUUAUGAGGAAUAUAGAGAGAUGGUAAAAAACCAUUCGUAUGAGCAACGUAAGAGACACCCAAGAAGCAUUGUAGAUGGAAAUGAACUUUUGCGAUUCUAUGGCCCAACAAUGUCCUGUUGUAGUAAGGAGUCCAAGAGAGUUUCAGAGCUUUGUAGGGAUCCUGCUUGUAGAAUCUGCAGAGUAAUUCAAUGUAAUUUUGACACAGAAUGCACCAAGAACUACGGGAUUCGAUUGAGUACAAUUAGUGACGAAUUUGGUGAUAACAUAAUAGCCUUUUCAAAGAAAAUGGAAAGGGCUGUAAUUGUGUGCAGGAUAAUUGCUGGUACAGUGACCGACAAGGUUGAUGGGAUACAUGAAGAAGAGUGUGAUUCCAAUGGACGUGAAGGGAUGCAUAUCUAG